AUGGGGUCCAAGACGGACGUCUUGAAGACGCUUCGGUCGCUCAUCCGCAUCAACCGCGAUAGCACGGGCAACAAGCUCUGGUCCAACCUCCUCCUUGAGAAGUACCGCGCCCGUCAGUUUGAGACGGACCGCGAGAAGAUCAAGCACUACCGCAGCGAGGCCACGGACCUCUUGGUGCUCUGGAGCGGUGUCGCAGAACAAAAGACGCUCUGGUCGUUGGACGCGGGCAUUGAGAAGCGGUUCAGCUCCAAGGAGAUCGUCAACAAGUCGGCGCGCCUUGUGGGCCUCCAGGUGCCCGACAUGUACACGGACAAGGACGAAAACAAGCUUUAA